CAGACUGCCCCCGGUGCGUUGCUCACUGUCUGCGCGCUUUUUAAACGGCCUCACCGGGGCCUCACCACGUCGUCGGAAGCGAAAACUUGCAAAAAUACAGACUAGUGUCUGAACAAUUCCCUGGAAGUUCACGUGUCUGCUCCUUCCUGUAAAAAAGCUACUUUACUUCCACUCUAUAAAAACAAUAAUGUGUCCUGACCACAUCCUCCAAUGCACUGAAAGUCGCGCCCACAGAUAUCAGUGGGAACAAUGAUCAAAGGUUGUGAUAAGCAGCUGAGGGGGCAUUUAUUGAUGGCAGAAGAGUCUGAGGUCCCAGUUGAUCCCUGGCUGCUGGAACGAGAGCAACAGAGCAAGGAAGCUUACAACUGAGGAGUGUAUGAGGCCUUAGAGUCACAUAGCGGGCAGCAGCGGUCCUCCAAACAGCAAAGGCAGCAUGAUGCGAGCAGGAGCCAGGGAUUAUGUGGUGGCCAGGCCGCUGUACUCUGAGGACUCAUUCAACGAGGAGCAUAAGAAGGUUUACAGGCAUCACAAGACGGUUCUGGACCACGUCAAGCAGUACUUCAGAUGUGACGCCAAACGGGCCAAGAACGCGGCUCUCUCCCUGCUGCCGAUCAUCGGCUGGAUGAAAAUCUACAGAAUCAAAGAGUGGCUGGUCAGUGACAUCGUGUCUGGUGUCAGCACAGGACUGGUGGCUGUCCUGCAAGGUCUUGCCUACUGCCUGCUGGCCUCUCUGCCUCCCUGGUAUGGACUCUUUGCUGCCUUCUUUCCAAUCAUCACCUACUUUUUCUUGGGCACCUCUCGACACAUCUCAGUAGGUCCUUUUCCAGUCUUGUGUCUGAUGAUUGGCUCGGUGGUGACUAGGCUCAUCCCAGACGAAGGGCCAGCUGCCAACAUCACUGGGUUCACAGGUCUGACGGUAGACGAGCAGAGAGUGUUGGUGGCCUCCUCUGUGACCUUCCUCGUUGGCAUCAUGCAGCUGGCAAUGGGGGUCCUACAGGUGGGCUUCGUGGUCAUGUACCUGUCUGACACCCUGGUCUCUGGGUUCACCACAGCUGCUGCCAUCCAUAUCCUUGUAUCUCAGUUAAAGUUUGUGUUGGGGCUCCAGGUUCCUGGCAUCAGUGGACCCCUCUCCAUUAUAUAUACUCUGGAGAUCAUCUUCAACAAGAUCACGUCCAGCAACGUGUGUGACAUUGUGAUCUCCCUCGUGAUCAUGGUGGCGGUGUUUCUUGUGAAAGAGCUAAAUGACAGAUACAAAUCUAAACUGCCCGUUCCCAUCCCGAUAGAGGUUAUCAUGACUGUUAUUACUUGUGGAGUUUCUUAUGCAUUUGACUUCAAGAGCAGAUAUGGCAUUGACGUUGUUGGAAAAAUUCCCCUAGGAUACGAGCCUCCAGUCGCCCCAAACCUUCAGGUCUUCCAGCACACGGCGAUGGAAGCUUUCCCAAUGGCUAUAGUGGGUUUUGCUGUGGCCUUCUCUGUGGCAAAAGUCUAUUCCAUAAAACAUGAUUACACAAUAGAUGGAAACCAGGAGCUGAUCGCCUUCGGAGUUAGCAAUAUCUUUGGAGCGUCCUUCAAGGCCUUCGCAGCAAGUACAGCGCUUUCCAGGAGUGCGGUGCAAGAAAGUACAGGAGGAAAAACUCAAAUCGCUGGUUUACUAUCAGCUAUUAUAGUGAUGAUUGUCACUUUGGCUAUUGGAUAUCUUCUCGAGCCUUUACCAAAGUCUGUGCUGGGGGCCGUGGUCAUCAUCAACCUGAAGGGCAUGCUGAUGCAGUUCAAUGAAAUUCCUUACCUGUGGAGGAGAGACAGGCCAGAUUGUGUGGUGUGGAUGGUCACCUGUGGAGCAGCCACCCUCCUGGGGCUGGAUCUUGGAUUGGCUGUUGGUCUUGGUGUAGAGUUGAUCUGCGUCGUCCUCCGGAUUCAGUUCCCUCGCUGCAGUGUGCUAGCCAACAUUGAGGGGACAGAAAUUUACAAAGACAGGAAGGACUACAUCUGUAUAAAUGAACCAGAGGGGGUGAAGAUCUUCAGAAUCCCGUCCCCAAUCUUCUUCGCCAACAUGGACUUCUUUAGGAACAAGCUAGUGGAAGCCCUUGGCUUCAAUCCUCUGAGAGUGUUGAAAAAAAGGAACAAAGCUCUGAGUAAGAUCCGGAAACUUCUGAAGAAAGGCGACCUGCAGUGGACGUCAAAAGGGUUCAUGAACACAACAAACAACUCCCUCGUGGACCCAUUAGAAGACAGCGACAAUGAGGAGCUGGACAAGCCCGUCGACUUCAAGGACCUUCCCAUCCGCAUCGACUGGAACGCCGAGCUUCCUGGCAACAUUGUGGUUCCCAGGGUGGCCAUCCACAGCCUGGUGCUGGACUUUGCUGCCGUCUCCUUUCUGGACAUAUCUGGACUGAAGGGACUCAAAACCUUGCUGAAAGAACUGGUCCGUGUUGAAGUUGAGGUCUACAUCGUAGCUUGUGAUCCGUACAUCCUGGAGAAACUCCACAACUGUUGCUUCUUUGACGAGGAAGUUCAGCCCUCCAUGUUCUUCCUAACGCUGCACGACGCCAUGCUGCACAUUUUGGAGAAACAUCCAGAGACGACAGUGAGGAAAACAAACCAGGAUAAGAUACUAACAACAGUGACAGUCCACCAUGGGAGCCUCAGUCUCAGGAGCAGAGAUAAAAAUGGUCCAGUGCCAGCUGCAGAGACCAGGUUCUAACCGGGACAAAAGACGAAAUCAAUAAACGAAACGGCAAAAAGAAAAGAAGACUAUAUAUUUUAUACAUUGCUUUAUUUAUCACGCCUAAUUAAUAUACGUUUUAGAGAUUACGGUUUAAAUGAUUGUAAGAUCAUUGCGAAAAGGUAAAUCCAUAUUGCAUUGGGUGAUAAAGAAAUGUAAAUACAAUCCCAGAUUAACAGCACAUGAUGAAUUCUGAAAAACUAAACGCAAGCGUGAGAAGACGGAAUCCACCUCAUGGUGGCGCUAGCAGGAACAACACCUACUGUCUUCGUCCCACAUCAUUCUGAAUGUCUGCAGGAACCGAUUGAUGCACAUUUCUCCUAACACCACAUCAGUUAAUAUCAGUCAGGUUUAGAUUUGAACUUUGACUGGGCCGUUCUGUUGUCUUUCAGCCAUUUGAGCCGAUUUAAGUGAAACUUUAGCUCCUGGCUUCACGUUUUGUUUGUUUUCUGCCAAACAGAAAACAAACUGUCUGUGUGUUACAGUCAAGCAACAACAAACAGACCCAAUUCCAGUUCAGGUCCAUGGAGUCCAGAUUCACCUUGGGAGAGAAUUUACAGUUUUUAGACAUCUUUCAAACAAAGACGUUUGCACAUGGCUCUAUAACUCUUCCCAGACUGAUGGGCAGCAGCAGUUGUUUCCCUGAGGUCAUCGACGACGUCUUGGCAUCGUGUUAACACACACCUGGAUGCUCCAGGACUGCAAACAUCCACGACUCAAACUGAAAUUUAAAAACACUUUAUUGAUCCCAAGGGGAAUAUAGAUGUCAUAUCAAUUAGAAAUUUGUGGGUGUUAUUGUAGAGUGAUGGCUGUGGGCAGGACUCCUGCUUUUAUCAGGUUGUGACACUGAUGAUGAUCAGUUACACAAUGAAUUCCUGUAAAACAUUUUAUGUAUCAUGUCUGUUGUUUAUCUAAGCUUGUAUUUACCAAAUUUUAAGGUUGUUUUUUUUAUAUAAGAAAAUGUUUUGUGUGAUUGUUUCUGUGUGAGAAACAUUAUAGGACCUAGAUGAGGUGCAGAUAUAAAUAUAUCCAUUCCAUGUAGAUCAUGAAUUUAAGAGUUUGUUUUUAGUUUUUUUUAUAUAUAUUGUUGUACAUAGAAAAUAUUGUUAUACCAUUCAAGUAAGUGUACUGUUUUAUUACAA